GCCGCUCCGGCGGGCAUGGCGCACCGCUGCCUGCUGCUGUGGGGCCGGGGCGGCUGCCGGCCCCGCGGCCUCCCGCCGCUGCUCGUGGCCGGCGUCGCCCUGCGGCUCGGCGAGCGGCCCUGCCUUCGGACGUUUUCCCGGCAUGCUACAGCUCAUGCAACAGCCAGCAGAAGCUCCCUUUUGACGGAUGUCAUUGCUGCUUAUCGAAGAUUCUGUUCUCGACCACCCAAAGGAUUUGAAAAAUACUUUCCCAAUGGGAAAAAUGGGAAAAAAGCUAGUGAAACGAAAGAAGCUGUGGGAGAGAAAAAAGAAUCAAAAUCGGCGUCUACCUCACGCUCCUCUGGAGGAGGAGGAGGAGGGGGCGGUGGUGGAAAGCGCGGCAGCAAGAAGGACGAUUCUCACUGGUGGUCCAGGUUCCAGAAGGGUGACGUCCCAUGGGACGACAAGGACUUCAGGAUGUACUUUCUCUGGACCGCCCUGUUUUGGGGUGGAAUCAUGUUUUACUUCCUGUUCAAGAGCUCUGGAAGAGAAAUCACUUGGAAGGACUUUGUCAAUAACUACCUUUCUAAAGGAGUAGUAGACAGACUGGAAGUCGUCAACAAACGUUUUGUUCGAGUGACCUUUAUACCAGGAAAAACGCCGGUUGAUGGGCAGUACGUCUGGUUUAACAUUGGCAGUGUAGACACUUUUGAGCGGAAUCUGGAAACUCUACAGCAAGAAUUGGGCAUAGAAGGGGAAAACCGGGUGCCCGUCGUCUACAUUGCGGAAAGUGAUGGCUCCUUCCUGCUGAGCAUGCUGCCCACAGCGCUCAUCAUUGCCUUCUUGCUGUACACCAUCAGAAGAGGCCCUGCUGGCAUCGGGCGAGGUGGCCGGGGCAUGGGUGGCCUCUUCAGUGUUGGAGAAACCACUGCCAAGGUCUUGAAGGAUGAGAUAGAUGUGAAGUUCAAAGAUGUCGCUGGCUGUGAGGAGGCCAAGCUGGAGAUCAUGGAAUUUGUGAAUUUCUUGAAAAACCCCAAACAGUAUCAAGACCUUGGAGCAAAAAUUCCAAAGGGUGCCAUUCUCACUGGUCCUCCGGGUACUGGGAAGACACUGCUAGCUAAGGCCACAGCUGGAGAAGCCAACGUCCCCUUCAUCACUGUUAGUGGAUCUGAGUUUUUGGAGAUGUUUGUCGGUGUGGGUCCAGCUAGGGUCCGAGACUUAUUUGCCCUGGCUCGGAAGAACGCUCCCUGCAUUCUCUUUAUCGACGAAAUCGACGCCGUGGGCCGGAAGCGAGGAAGAGGCAACUUUGGUGGGCAGAGUGAACAGGAAAACACACUCAACCAGCUGCUGGUGGAGAUGGAUGGAUUUAAUACAACGACAAACGUUGUCAUUUUGGCGGGUACCAACCGACCGGAUAUCCUGGACCCAGCACUGUUGAGGCCAGGGCGCUUCGACAGGCAGAUCUUCAUUGGACCACCAGACAUAAAGGGACGCGCCUCUAUCUUCAAAGUUCAUCUGCGGCCACUAAAACUGGACAGUAGCUUGGAGAAGGAGAAACUGGCCAGAAAACUCGCAUCCUUAACUCCAGGAUUUUCAGGAGCGGAUGUUGCCAAUGUCUGUAACGAAGCCGCCUUGAUUGCUGCAAGACACCUUUCAGAUUCCAUUAAUGAGAAACACUUUGAACAAGCGAUUGAACGAGUGAUUGGUGGCUUAGAGAAAAAAACCCAGGUCCUGCAGCCUGAGGAAAAGAAGACUGUGGCAUACCAUGAGGCUGGCCACGCAGUCGCUGGCUGGUACCUGGAACACGCCGACCCACUCCUCAAGGUGUCCAUCAUCCCCCGUGGCAAAGGGUUGGGGUAUGCUCAGUAUUUACCCAAAGAGCAGUACCUGUAUACCAAGGAGCAGCUGCUGGAUAGGAUGUGCAUGACCCUGGGCGGACGUGUGUCCGAGGAAAUCUUCUUCGGGAGAAUUACCACGGGUGCGCAGGACGACCUGAGGAAAGUGACGCAGAGCGCCUACGCCCAGAUCGUGCAGUUUGGCAUGAAUGAGAAGGUGGGCCAGAUCUCCUUCGACCUCCCGCGCCAGGGCGACAUGGUGCUGGAGAAGCCGUACAGCGAAGCCACUGCCAGACUGAUAGACGACGAAGUGCGAAUACUUAUCAAUGAGGCUUACAAGAGAACAGUAGCGCUUCUCACGGAAAAGAAAGCUGAUGUGGAGAAGGUCGCUCUGCUGCUGUUAGAAAAAGAAGUAUUAGAUAAGAAUGAUAUGGUUGAGCUCCUGGGCCCCAGACCAUUUGCAGAGAAAUCUACUUACGAGGAGUUUGUAGAAGGCACUGGCAGCUUGGACGAGGACACCUCCCUUCCAGAGGGCCUCAAGGACUGGAACAAGGAGCGCGAGAAGGAGAAAGAGGAGCCCCCGGCCGGGGAGAAGGUCGCCAACUGAGUGCAAGGCCGGACGCCCGUGAGUGUCUUCAGCACUGCCAGUGCGCCCCCGGCUGCUCUGGUGUAGGGGCGCAGGGACCUGCUAAGCUGGUGGUACCAGCCGCUGAGCCCCUGCUGCAGGUGGCAGGCAGGGGGAGCCAGCACUCUGGAGGCUCCAGAGGAAUUCAGCUCCCAUAGCCCAGGAGCUCAGAGGAGGCUGGCACGGGGAGCCAGCCCGCCACCCUCGGCAGUCCCCAAGGCACUGUGCGUGAGACGCAGCACAGCGCAGCUGGCUCGCUGUCAGUCCACCCGUGGGAGAGAAGCAGUUCACCACCCACUCUUCAUUCCUGUUCUCUGGUUUCCUCUGCAGAUGGACUGUGAAAUUAAAUCAGAGUCCUGAUAAGAACAUUUUGAUUUGACUUGUAUUUUAAAGAUUGAAUCACUUGUUGCUGUUUUAAUGGAUUGGUUUUCUACAGAGAGCUGUAAAAUAUUUAAAAAUCUGAUUGUAUUGUAAAUACAGCUUCUUUACAGCAAAAAUAAAAUGUGACACUGCA